CCGCGAGCCGCAGCCCUAGCGGCGGACGCCCCCGAAUUUUCCAGCCUUCGUCGCCGCCUCCUCCUUCCUCCGGCGGCUGGGCGCCUGUGGAUGCUGAGGGGCAGCCCUGAGCCUCUGCCGGCUGGAUUCCCUGGCUGACGGCGGGAGAGUCGCGCCCGGGCCGGGGGCCGGGGACCGUGGCACUGCCAGAACGGCGGGGCUCCGCGGGAAGCAGCCCCCCGGGCGCGCUGAGCCCUCCUGUCCCCCAAGCCGCACCCGUGACCCGGCCCCGAAGCCGGCGUAGGUACCGACCAGGACCACGCGACUCCCGAGUUCCCACACAGUUCCAGAUGAUCAGCGCUACCUGUGCCCCAGACACCGGCUCUGCGUUCCUGCCCGACGUGGUUGGCCCUUAGCCUUUCCCCGUUCCAGAGCCCCUCCUGUGUUCCCCAUCCAGUUCCCCAGAGCCAGUAGAAGCAGACACGGCAGCCAGGAUGCCAAGGACCCAGGGCUUCUCUGAUCCCGAGUACUCGGCAGAGUACUCCGCCGAGUACUCCGUCAGUCUGCCCUCUGACGCUGACCGAGGGGUGGGCCGGACCCAUGAAAUCUCUGUCCGGAACUCGGGAUCCUGCCUCUGCCUGCCCCGCUUCAUGCGCCUGACCUUCGUGCCCGAGUCCUUGGAGAACCUGUACCAGACCUACUUCAAAAGGCAGCGCCAUGAGACGCUGCUGGUGCUGGUGGUCUUUGCGGCCCUCUUCGACUGCUACGUGGUGGUCAUGUGCGCGGUGGUCUUCUCCAGCGACAAGCUGGCUCCUCUGGCUGUGGCCAGUGUUGGGCUGGUGUUGGACAUCAUCCUCUUCGUGCUCUGCAAAAAGGGACUACUCCCCAACAGGGUCACCCGGAAGGUGGUCCCCUACCUGCUGUGGCUGCUGAUAACAGCCCAGAUCUUCUCCUACCUGGGCCUGAACUUCUCCCGCGCCCACGCUGCCAGCGACACGGUGGGCUGGCAGGCCUUCUUUGUCUUCUCCUUCUUCAUCACGUUGCCCCUUAGCCUCAGCCCCAUCGUCAUCAUCUCUGUGGUCUCCUGUGUCGUGCACACCCUCGUCUUGGGGGUCACCGUGGCCCAGCAGCAGCAGGAUGGGCUGAAGGGGAUGCGGUUGCUGAGGGAGAUCCUGGCCAACGUCUUCCUUUACCUGUGCGCCAUCGUCGUGGGCAUCAUGUCCUACUACAUGGCAGACCGCAAGCACCGCAAGGCCUUCCUGGAGGCCCGCCAGUCGCUGGAGGUGAAGAUGAACCUGGAGGAGCAGAGCCAGCAGCAGGAGAACCUUAUGCUUUCCAUCCUGCCCAAGCACGUGGCCGAUGAGAUGCUGAAGGACAUGAAGAAGGAUGAGAGCCAGAAGGACCAGCAACAGUUCAACACCAUGUACAUGUACCGCCACGAGAACGUCAGUAUCCUCUUUGCCGACAUCGUGGGCUUCACCCAGCUGUCUUCGGCCUGCAGCGCCCAGGAGCUCGUGAAGCUGCUCAACGAGCUCUUUGCCCGCUUUGACAAGCUGGCGGCUAAAUACCACCAGCUCCGGAUUAAGAUCCUGGGUGACUGUUACUACUGCAUCUGCGGCCUGCCUGACUACCGGGAGGACCACGCCGUCUGCUCCAUCCUCAUGGGGCUUGCCAUGGUGGAGGCCAUUUCGUAUGUGCGGGAGAAGACGAAGACCGGGGUGGACAUGCGUGUGGGGGUGCACACAGGCACCGUGCUGGGGGGCGUCCUGGGCCAGAAGCGCUGGCAGUACGACGUGUGGUCCACCGACGUCACCGUGGCCAACAAGAUGGAAGCCGGCGGCAUCCCAGGGCGUGUGCACAUCUCCCAGAGCACCUUGGACUGCCUGAAAGGAGAGUUUGAUGUGGAGCCAGGCGAUGGGGGCAGCCGUUGCGAUUACCUGGACGAGAAAGGCAUUGAAACCUACCUUAUCAUUGCGUCCAAGCCAGAGGUGAAGAAGACAGCCGCCCAAAAUGGCCUCAAUGGCUCCGCCUUGCCGAAUGGAGCGCCGCCAUCCUCAAAGCCCAGCUCCCCUGCCCUCAUCGGGACCAAGGAGCCCAACGGGAGCAUCCACACCAGCGGCUCCACGUCGGAGGAGCCCGAGGAGCAGGAUGCCCCAAGGGAGAUGCUGGGCCAGGAGUCUCGGUCUUGGAGUGGCCGCUAUGGGCUUGUCGGCAGCACCGCCAGUCUCACUGUGAGGGAGCAGGAGAACUGCCCCUGGGGCCUUGCGACAGGUGCUGGAGGACGAGGGCAGACAGGGCUGAAGGCCGACAACCCCUCAUUCCCCAACCCCCGCCGGAGGCUGCGCCUUCAGGACCUGGCUGACCGCGUGGUGGACGCCUCUGAGGACGAGCACGAGCUCAACCAGCUACUCAACGAGGCCCUGCUCGAGCGGGAGUCUGCCCAGGUAGUGAAGAAGAGAAACACCUUCCUCCUGUCCAUGCGGUUCAUGGACCCCGAGAUGGAAACCCGCUACUCGGUGGAGAAGGAGAAGCAGAGUGGGGCUGCCUUCAGCUGCUCCUGUGUCGUCCUGCUCUGUGCGGCCCUGGUGGAGAUUCUCAUCGACCCCUGGCUCAUGACAAACUAUGUGACUUUUGUGGUUGGGGAGGUUCUGCUCCUGAUCCUGACAGUCUGCUCCAUGGCUGCCAUCUUUCCCCAGGCCUUUCCCAAGAAGCUCGUGGCCUUCUCGACUUGGAUCGACCGGACCCGCUGGGCCAGGAAUACCUGGGCCAUGCUGGCCGUCUUCAUUCUGGUUAUGGCAAACGUCGUGGACAUGUGUCUGCUGUUCCCUUGCACCCGGUGUUCGCCCGGCGGUCCUGGCCUCCAGCUCAGCUGUCUCCAGUACUACUCGGGGCCCAGCAACAGCACGGCGGGGGUGCAGGUGGAGGACGGCUGCGUGGAGAAUCCCAAGUACUACAACUACGUGGCUGUGCUGUCCCUCAUUGCCACCAUCAUGCUGGUGCAGGUCAGCCAUAUGGUGAAGCUCACGCUCAUGUUGCUCAUCGCCGGGGCCGUGGCCGUCAUCAACAUCCACGCCUGGCGCCCCAUCUUCGAUGAAUACGACCACAGACGUUUCCAGGAACAUGACUUUCCGACAGUCGCCUUAGAGAAGAUGCAGGUGUUCUCCAGCCCUGGGCUCAAUGGCACUGACAGGCUGCCCCUGGUGCCUUCCAGGUACUCCAUGACGGCCAUGGUCUUCGUCAUGAUGCUGAGCUUCUACUACUUCUCCCGCCACGUGGAGAAACUGGCACGGACAUUGUUCCUGUGGAAGAUUGAGGUCCACGACCAGAAGGAACGUGUCUACGAGAUGCGGCGUUGGAACGAGGCCUUGGUCACUAACAUGCUGCCUGAGCAUGUGGCACGUCACUUCCUGGGGUCCAAGAAGAGAGAUGAGGAGCUGUACAGUCAGUCUUAUGAUGAGAUUGGAGUCAUGUUUGCCUCCCUGCCCAACUUCGCUGACUUCUACACAGAGGAGAGCAUCAAUAACGGGGGCAUCGAGUGUCUGCGCUUCCUCAACGAGAUCAUCUCAGAUUUUGACUCUCUCUUGGACAACCCCAAAUUCCGGGUCAUCACCAAGAUCAAAACCAUCGGCAGCACCUACAUGGCAGCUUCAGGAGUCACCCCCGAUGUCAACACCAACGGCUUCACCAGCUCCAACAAGGAGGAGAAGUCGGACAAGGAGCGCUGGCAGCACCUGGCAGAUCUGGCGGACUUUGCGCUCGCCAUGAAGGACACACUCACCAACAUCAACAACCAGUCCUUCAACAACUUCAUGCUGCGCAUCGGCAUGAAUAAAGGAGGGGUGCUGGCUGGGGUCAUUGGAGCCCGGAAACCACACUAUGACAUCUGGGGCAAUACAGUCAAUGUUGCCAGCAGGAUGGAGUCCACAGGGGUCAUGGGCAACAUUCAGGUGGUGGAAGAAACCCAAGUGAUCCUCCGGGAGUACGGCUUCCGCUUUGUGAGGAGGGGGCCCAUCUUUGUGAAAGGGAAGGGGGAGCUGCUAACCUUCUUCCUGAAGGGCCGAGACAAGCCAGGCGCCUUCCCGAACGGCUCUUCUAUCACGCUGCCCCACCAGGUAGUGGACAACUCCUGAAUGGCCUCCAGCCCCACAAGAAUCCUAGUGGGAAGGGAGUUUAUUUUGGGGAAUCAAAGAAAGGCCUUGGGAAAGACAAAUGACCAAGUCCCAGCAUUCCCCAACUGUUAGAGUGCACACUCACAUAGACUUUAGGUUUAAAAAUUCCUCAAGCCUUCAUUUGUUCGUGGAUGUGUGAGCUCUGAGGGUGGCCAGGCUCUUCCUGUGUGCCUGUAGCUUCCCCAGAGAGUAGGGCUCUUAGGCAUAGUCCUUGAACAAUCCUUCCAGAGCCCAGGUUCCGACCAGCCCUCCUUCCCCCGAGAGGCCACGGCCACUGUGAGCAGGAACUUAUGGGAGCUGGAACAAGGCUGCUGCCUUUGGGCCGGGCUGGGCGCACAGGCGGGGAAGUUCUGCUUAAGACGAGGGCGGCAGGUGCUCUGCUCCCCAGCUAGACCUGGGAAGCAGUGCUUUCCAUCCGCUGUGGUCUCAGUUAGGUGAAAUGGCCCUCGUCCUGAUAAUCUUGAAAGGUUCUUCUGGAACCCCAGUCACCUUAGUCAUGACAGCAGAAAGUGCAAUAUUUUCCUUUCACCUGGGGGAGGGAGGGAAAGGGACUUUAUUUCUGAAAGAAAAAUAUAUAAACAGAUCUUCUACAUUUAUAUUUUUAACUUUCUGUUAAAAAACACUCCAAUAUUGCCUUGCCUUCUGAGCUCUUGCUACAGUCGCCUUUGCUACUGCUUUAAAAGAGAACUUACAGGUAUUGAUAAAUAAGAAGACUGUUUUAUUAAAAGCUUUAUUCAACUUGAA